AUUUCACACGAUGAACUAAAGCCUCUUCCCACUUCUACCAGCGAUUAUUAUAGUUCCUUAAUCCUAUCCUUUUUUCCUCUCUUAAUCGCGAAAGCGCGUCGCAGCACCCGACUUUGUCGACCUGUUUUUGUCUUUUUUUUUUUUUAACUCGCUUUGUUCGAUCUGCAAAUUUUACUCCAACCUAACCUUCCCCGCGUGCCCCUUUCAUCGCCGCGUCUUCGCCCAACUUUCUCACCUCGCCACAAACACCCACCUACAAAUAACCCCUUCACCCCCUUCUACUCUCACACCAACAGUCUCCAUCGAUCACCUAACUCAGUGCCAAUAACCAACUUACCUACUAACCACACAGUUUCCCUUGGAGUAUUCAGGCCCUAGCCGAGACGCCACACACAACCUGGCUGACCGCAUCGCGGGUUUGCUCCGUCAAACAAGCCUUGAACGGUCCUUUGCUUGGCUAGCUGGUUUAAACCAACCUGAUUCAUGAGCUUAGUAGUUCGAGGCGGCAUUUCUAUUUCGAUUUUUGACCGUCGGACCGCUCCACUUACUCCAUUUUCCGACCUUUCUGACAACCCAGACACUCCUGGGACAACUUACUCCUUCCAGGACCCCCCGCAACACAAAUCCGCCAAUAUGCAGGCGGACCCAGCACAUCACCCACUACCGGGUCUAUUAGACCACCAUGUUCUUCCUGCUACUGACGACGAAAUGAUGGACUCGGACACCGAUAUCAGAAAGGAUUCCGACUUUGACAUUGAGAUCGAUGCCGACGAAGUUUACUCUAACGCAGGCGGUGCCGAUCUUGAUGCCAACUACCGUAUGGAGGAAGAUAAUGCUGAUAAUAGCCAUCAACUUUACGAUAAUGAUGAUAUCAUGUUGGAUGGAGAGGAUGACAUCAUCUUUGAGAAACAACAGGUAGAUGAAGCCGGUCCCGUUCCAGACGGGAUUCCUACAAUUCCUGGGGCUUCGCCAAAAACACUUCCAGAGGAACAAUCAACUGUUCCCGAAGAACCCAGCAUCACACCCAACAUUCCCCCAGCCAUUUCAGAACAAGCUGAUCAGCCUUUUCUUCCACUAGAAGACCCCAGUGCUGGUGAAGCUGCCCAUCUCACAGAUUCCCAGCAAACAGUAUCACCCGCGGGAGAGUCUCGCGGUACUCUCGCCUUGCUUGAAAAUACCGAAAAGACUGUUGCACAUGAAGCUGUUACCCAAGACGGCGACUUGCAACACAAGGACAAUGUUUGGAGCGAGAAUACGUCUGUAACCCUUGCGAACGAAGUAGUGUCCUUGGAGGAGCGGCAGGCGAAUGAAGCAACCGAGCAGCCCCAUCAAUCCGUUACCACUGGUAAUGAAGUUGAGGAACAAGGUGCUGUCAACCUUGCGAAUGAGCCUCCUGGUUUCGACCCACACCCAGUUGUAGUCCAGUAUGAACAAAGUCACGUCUCGCUAUUCCCCCCUCCUGAUGAUGUUGAUCUGCCGUUUUUUAUCAAAGAUGUCGGUGUUUGUCUGAGGGGGAUGAAUGAGUUGUUUUCAGAGCUUCGUAAUGUUUUGGAUGGAUCUGUUAGCCCAGGAGAUGAGUUGGUAAUUAAGAUUGUGGAUUAUGGUGUUGAAAUUAGCGAGGUGAGUUUUUUCCUUCACUUAUCUUCAUAUGAAUUUUCGCUCCAGCACAUCCUCGAUCUUCAUGUCCGACUCAGUCUCCAGGACAACAUAGAAAAUCCAGAAGCACUUCGUUUGGUUUUGUUUUCGCGCCCUAGCGUGUCUGACCGUAUCAAUAUGUUGCUUAGCUCCGCAAACGAAGGCCUUGGUUACAACAAGGCUAUCGAGUAUGCAAGACGCAAGUCGGGAGACAACGACGCGAACUCCGAGCAGAGAUUCGUCGAAACAAGUGAAGGUGGAAAUCUUCAAGAACCUGAGGUCGAAGAUUAUAAUAAUAAUGAUGACUCAUCUGUGGCAUUCGCACAUGCUACCGAUAAGCCCACUGAAGUAGAACCUAACCUAACAGAGGAUCAAGGCAGCAUCUUAGAACAGAAGGAAGAAUUUGAAGAGGAUGAUGGUGACGACGACGACGAUGACGACGAUUUCGAUCUUGAAUAUGGAAACGAUGAUAUUGCUAACGGUGUGGAGGGUGAGGGCAAUGAGGGUGGUGACGAUCAGAAGGAUGAAGCCCCCCUCCAUCCUACUGAGGCUGUAUCUAAAGAUUCACCUGCUUCUAUUAAUGAAUCGCCUAAUUAUGGCUCAGAAACUCCGAGGGCCCAAGAAAACGCAGUGCUCGAACUCGAGACCGUCUCCGAUAGUGCUUCGCCGAGGGAUACUCAAACUCCUGACGAGGUUGAGGAGAGCGUUUCCACAGUUCAGGGUGAUGAGGCUCAUUCUACUGAAGAAGAGGAGGAGUUGAUUGAGUAUGAGGAUUAUGAGACAUUCGGGGAGUCUGAAUCUCAUCACAGCCCACACACUGUUAAUUCGGAAUCUGGGGAGCAAAACCUGGGUAAAAACGAGCCACCACCUCAUGAAGAUCCAGAGCAGCAGCAAGAUGCAGCUGGGCCAUCUGAUACCCCUGAACUCUACGAACAGGAAUCUGCCGUUAAUUUUAUCGAUCCAGGUGAAAAUGCUGCUGAUCGCAAUCAUAACGAGAGUCAUAGCCCUAGUGACGGCGAUGUGAACGUAAAUAAUGAAACAUCAUCAAUUCCCGUCUUCGGAGGUGAUGGUGAAGGCGAAGAGGAUUAUGUCGGAGAGCAGCAAGAGGAGUAUGGUGAAUAUGAGUACGACGGUCAGCAAGGUUUCGAGGCUGGGCAAGAUGCAAGCCGAGAUUAUAUCCCAGAUGACGAGCAGUAUGACAUUCAAGACCCUUUGGAGAAUAAUCAUGAAUCCAACAUGCAGAGGCAUAGCCGCCCGGAGCAAAAUGACCAACCGACCGAUGAUGAGCAAAACCAAUACCUUGAUGAGACAGUUGAAUACGAGGAUGGCUACGAACAUUACGAUGCCGAAUACGACGGCGCUGUUAAUGGACAAGAGGCUUUGUCUGGUGAAACGGAGUACCAUGUUGGCUACCAAAUCUAUGACCUCAACCAGGCCCACCUCCGGACCGACUAUGGUGAUGACACAGUUACUGGUGAUGCGAAUGAAUCUGGAGUGGCAAUAAACGCCGAAAAUGACGAGGCUGUCGAUAGCCUACAUUCACCGGAACCCGCUCCUGAAGUGGAGUCCUUACUUGGGUACGACAGUGAUGAUGCAGAGCACAACAUAUUUUUAGAGGCAAAACCAAGCACUGAACAGAAGAGAAUGUACGACGAGUUAGAACAAGACGAAGAUGACGACGAGAUCUUAGCCAAACGCCAACGAUCAGAUUAAGGUCUAAGUCAUCUUUUGCAGUCUUUGCAUUUUACCAACGCAAAUAUCUUCACUUUUUGUUCUCUUGUUUUGCAUUCUGAAACUGCCAUCGCGACUGCCAUCUCGGCUUCCCUGGCAGUUCUUUUAUCGAUAAAAGCGGAUCGCGGGUGUUUGGGUGUCUUUCUGUUCGGCGUUGUUGUUUUUUUCCUUUCAUAGUUUCGUUUUCACUUUCUACAACAUCCCGAUGUUUUCUGGGGAUAUCUUUGAGAUACUGCAUUCUGUUUCUUGAAGUACUGUUGUUCAUACAACAGACCCGAGGGUUCUAAGACGCCUUUACUAUAAGGCUUCGUUGUGUUCCGGAAGGUUUCUCCGCCGCGGCCAUAGCCUUCGGCUAUUGACUGGCUAUCGAUGCUGGAUGGGUAUUUAUGGUAAAGUUGGAUUUGGGGCUUCAUGGCGGCGACUGGAUGGUUUAGGGGGAUCCUGUUUGAGUUAAUCUCAAAGUAUCGAGUAAGUCUGGGAUAAGUCACUUAUCAACCCCUCCCCUUUUCCUUUCAUUCCGUUUUUCUUCUGCCCUUGCUGUUAUUGUCUUCACGCGUGGCAUUUCCCCCCAAGUCUAUCUACUUGUGGAUUUACCCCGAUGCGCCCUGCCCUUACCACACUGAAUCCCAUUGUAAUACGUACCCUUUGUUUUUGUUUUGUUUUGUUUUUUCCUGUUAUCCUUCCUUGUUAUUUUUCGUCGGUGAGAUUAUUUUUCUACCUUCCACAGCAGACAAUUUAGUAGUAAAGCAUGUUAACCUGGGAGCCUUUGCUACUAUAUGCCCGGCGAUUGGGUUUGUUUCAUUUCUCCUUCAUACGGCAAAGGCCAAUUGAAAAUGUAACUACCUCUGUUUCCUUUGCGGCCCUUUCAUUCUUACAGGUAUCUGGUGGGGUUUCUGGAGCAUGGGUAGUAGAAAGGUUCAAACCGUGGAAUUGUUAGCUAGAUACUCUUAUCAAAUCGUUUUCCUGCCUUGGUACGUAUUACAAGUGUGGGGAAUGGCCUACGAUAUCGCGACCAACUGUCGUUCCCAGUCACUCGUUUUUCUCGAGUAGUCUAAAUGCUUGCCAUGGGCCAGGCCGGCCCGUGGGCUUUUCUUAGUUUGUAAAUUUGUGCCCUAAGGUGAAAACAACAAUGGUGAAUAUUA